AUGGCCGGCGAAGCCAUCGUCUCCGGCGUCGUGGGGGACAUGAUCGGCAGGGCGAUGUCCCUCCUCGCCGGGCAGCUCCUGGACCAGCAGCCGGAGCGGAGCGUCGAGGCCAAGCUGCGGAGGCUGAGGCGCCUGCUCGUCAAGGUCGAGAGAGCCGCGGAUGCCGCCGGGGCGAGGCGGAUCCCGAGCCGCGCGCUGCUCUCCUGGCUCGCGGAGAUCGUCGACGGCGCGUACCGGGGGCGCUACCUCCUCGACGCGUUCCCGGUCCCGAGCGGAGCAGGCGAUCAGGACGACGGCCAUGCUGGCAACAACAAGGUCGUGCCGCUGGCGCGCUCUUUCUCCAUGCCUAGCUCGUUCAACCCCGCUAAGCGCCUGCGCGUCGCGGCCAUGAAGCUGCUGCUCGGCGACGGCGACGGCAGCGCCGACGAGCUAGACGGCGUCAGCGGUCUCACGGAGUUCGUCAUGCUGCUGCAGAUGUGCCCGCCGGCGCUGCACCGGCCGCUUGCCACGAGCAUCUACGCGGACAGCCAGAUGUUCGGACGGCACGUCGAGAGACGCCGCGUUUUGGAGUUCUUGCUGCACGAUGACGAGGGCGAGCCGACGCUGGCAGAGCUAGGCGUCCUCCCUAUAAUCGGCUCCGCCGGCCUGGGGAAGACCACGCUCGAGCAGCACGUCUGCAAGGAGCCCGCGGUGCGCCGCCGCUUCUCGCUGAUCAUGAAUUCAUGA